AUGCUUUCACCAUCACCACAACUCCUACGCGUCUUACGCACCUCUCUAGCCAAUAGCCGCCGCACUUCGAACUUGACUCGAUUCUGCCAGAUCCCAUCAGCGACCGCAGCACCAUGUCUCGUCUCAAAUUCCAACACUGGGUUGCCCUCAGGACGUCGGAACUAUAGUUCACCCAUCCAACCAACGCGCAUGAUUCCUCGCUCACACGCGCACAAACCCGUCAGUCGCGACCGCGGCCCGGAGUCCAAAGAAGACACUCAGACCAACUUCGAUGCGUUAAACGUGCUGGGCAACAUCCCUGCGCCAACGACGGCUAUUGAUGCAUGCCUAGAUUCUGGGUUCCAUCUUAACAAUGGCGUCAAGCUUACCAACGGCGAUGGGCUGUUGCUGGUUGGAGGUGAGGCAUUUGCGUGGCGGCCAUGGAAGGCUGUCCAGGGUGCAGAGAGCGACAGUGCCGCUAAGGAUGCCAUGCUCAACUCCAAAGGGCAGUUUGAGCUUGAUGAGUCGGUAUGGGGUUUGCUAAGUCUUGUCUGGCCAAAGCCUGAUAUGCUCAUCCUUGGUCUUGGUGGCUCCAUGUUCCCACUCUCGCCCGAAACUAAACGUCACAUCAACUCGCUGGGCAUUCGGGUGGAUGUUCUCGAUACCCGGAAUGCGGCUGCACAGUUCAAUCUGCUUGCGACGGAGCGCGGUGUAACUGAGAUUGCUGCUGCCAUGAUUCCUAUUGGGUGGAAGGCCAGACCUCUAUAG